AUGGUAGACACAGAGGCCAAGAGUGAUGAGGAAGGCACUGAAGAAGGUAUUAAGGAAGCCAGACCAUCUGGGGAGCAUACCCCUACUAGUUCUUCUUCCAACCCAUUUCAAGUUAAGGCAGAGCAACACGAAGUGAAGAUUCCAAUUAAUAUUCCUUCUGCUGAGGCUUUGGAACAAAUGCAUUUACAUACUACAAUCAUGAAGGAGCUGUUAACAAAGAAAAGGAAUUGGAAGGAGAAUGAGAUAGUGAGAGCAUUGUGUGAUCUUGGAGCAAGCAUCAAUCUCAUGCCAUUUUCUUUGAUGAGAAAGCUUAAUAUUGAUGAGGUAAAACCCAUUAGAGUUUCUCUUCAACUUGCUAAUCGUUUUAUUAAAUUUUCACUUGGAGUUGUUGAGAAUUUAAUAGUGAAGGUAGGAACAAUUAUAUUUUCCCCUGAUUUUGUGAUAUUGGACAUGGAGGAAGUUGUCAAUGCCUCUAUUAUUUUAGAAAGACCCUUUUUAGCAACUGGGAAAGCUCUCAUUGAUGUACAAAAAAGAGAGCUAACUUUGAGAGUGAAUAGUGAUCAUAUUGUUCUUAAUGUGCUUGAGGCCUUACAGCAUCCUAGUGAUUUUGAGGAAUGCAUGAAGAUUGAUUUGAUUGAGCCAAUGAUUCAAGAGGUCUUGGAAGCAGAAGAACUUGACAAUUUUUUAGAGCCUUCUGAGGAGGAAGUUUCGACUGAGACUGAUGAUUCUCUACCUCCCAGGGAGGAGCCACACAUGCUCAAUGAGGAAAAUAGGCCACCAAAGCUUGAAUUGAGGCAUCUACCUCCUUCCCUUAAGUAUGCCUUUCUAGGAGAAGAGAACCCUUAUCCAUUGAUUAUAAGCUUAUUUCUGAGUAAUUGUGAAGAAGAGGCAUUGCUACAAGUACUGAGAGACCACAAAAUAGUACUUGGUUGA